AUGAUUAGCAGUGUUUUCAAGAAUGGGUUCAAAGCUGUGAGAGCAGUGGAGUCUUUGCAAGUUACAGCUAGACGUUUCACACAUGAAUACGCUCCUCGUUUCAAGCAUCAAACCAAGAAACAAAAGGGUCGUGUUCCUGUUCGUACUGGUGGUUCCACAAAGGGUAACAAGAUAGAAUUUGGACAGUUUGGAUUGAGAUUGAAGUCCGAAGGUGUUAGGCUGACUGCUUUGCAACUAAAGGAAGCGGAUAAUGCGAUCAUGAGAUAUGUCAGACCUUUGAACAAUGGUAAAUUGUGGCGUAGGCUAUGUACAAACAUUGCGGUGUGUAUCAAGGGUAACGAAACCAGAAUGGGUAAAGGUAAAGGUGGGUUUGACCACUGGAUGGUUAGAGUUCCUACUGGUAAGGUUAUCUUUGAAAUGGCCGGUGAUAACUUGCACGAAAAGGUUGCUCGUGAGGCUUUCAGAAAAGCUGCCACUAAGUUGCCCGGUCUUUAUGAGUUCAUAUCUAAGGAUUCCCUAGUUAGAGUGGGUUUGAAGAGUGUCAAGGAUCCUAAGGAUGAUCCAAAGAUAAAUUACUUUGAAGAACUAAAGAAGAAGCCUACUAAGGAAUACGUAACUAAGCUAAAGUCUCAGCUACCGGAAUACAGGUUAUACAGAGCCCGUUAA